AUGCCUGUGUCUGGUCGUCAAUGGAAGUUGGAUUGCAAACGUUCAAGUUCGAUGCGGGUUGCGAACAAGUUGAUACGGAAAAGCUGGGAUGAAAAGAUGAAAGAAAGAGCACGAGAUAAACAAAUCAAAGCGAAGCAGGACGCUUUGGUACAGGCGAGAAUAGAUGAGAAGCGAGAGAAGAAACGGCUGGCUGAAGAGCGACAGAAGAGAAAGGAGGAAAACAGAUUGAAGGGAGCUGUGGUCCAGUCUAUCAGCACAAUGAAGGUAAAGAAGAUGUCAAGAAAGCAGUUGAGAAUGAUCAGAAAGAUGGACACAAGCAACGAGGGUAAAGUAUUUGAUCUCAAACCCAUCGAAAAGACGAAAGGUCUCAAAGGGAAAGUGAAGAUCUGA